AUGUUCACCUCUGCACGACUCGCGUUUCUCUUAUUACCUGCUGCGGUGCUAGCGCAGGGGUACUCCGACGACUAUGCUGGUCAGACAGUCCUCUCCCAUGCUGUACCUGUCGAGUCUCAGCCGUCGAAGUCUAUCGCCAUCGUAGGCGCCGGAAGUGGAGGCCUCGCGAUCCUGAAGACGAUACUCGACCUACCCGCAGAGGUGCGCGAAGGCUGGGAAGUUGUACUAUACGACCAGCGACUCGAUGUCGGCGGGCUCUGGCUGGCCGACCCCCCAGGGCCGCUGCCGCGGCCACCGGUGCUGCCAGAAUCGCCCGUGUACCCGCUAUUACACACAAACACCCCGCAUCCGACAAUGACCUAUCCGAACUUCACGUACCCGCCAUACACCCCCCUCUUCCCCUCACACGAAUACGUGCAGAAGUACCACGCGGACUACGCAGCGCACUACGGGCUGCUGUCGCACAUCCACCUGCGCCACAGCGUAACCGCGGCGAACUGGAUCGGGGACGCGGAGGGCGGGAAGUGGGAUAUAGAGGUGCACGAGCUCAACCCGAAGCACCCGCGCGAGGAGCCCGUGCGCGUCCUCAAGCGGUCCUUUGACCACCUCGUCGUCGCGAACGGGCACAACCACUACCCACACGUCCCGCGGUGGAACGGCACCGAGGGCUGGCUCGCGAACACGCCUGCGGGGCGGCCCCAGCGCGAGCUGCAGCACUCGAUAUACUACCGCCGCCCGGAGAAGUACACGGGGCGGACCGUGAUUAUCGUCGGUGCCGGGGCGAGUGGACGCGACGCCGCGUUGCAGGUUGGCAAGGUCGCGCAUGUGGUCUAUCAGUCGCUCACCCCCGGGACCGAGCCCACCCCUGGGCUUAUCGUCGUCCCCAAGCCGCGCAUCUCGCACUUCACGGACACAUCCGUCGUCUUCGAGGACGGCACCGCGCUCGCGGACGUCGACGCCGUCAUCCUCGGGACCGGGUACGAGUUCCGCAUCCCCUUCCUCAGCGCGCCGCACUCGUCCGUGCUCGCAGUCGAUCCCGCCACCACCCUCAACUCGACCACUGCGCUCACGCUCGUCAGCAACCUGCGCUACGUGUUCCCGCUGUACCGGCACAUCUUCAGCCUCGCGCCCGCACUUCCGCCCACCGCGCUCGCGUUCGUCGGCCUGCCCGUGCUCGUCGCGAACUGCCCGUCGGACAUCGCGCAGAGCCUGUUCGUCGCGCACGCGCUCGCGAACGCCUCCGUCCUCCCGAGCCGCGCGGACAUGCUCGCGGACCUCGUGGCGCGCGAGAAGACGCUGCUUGGGGAGGGGCUCGACCCGUAUUAUGUGGGGCACCGGCUGAUCUCGCCGUCGGAGACGGACCAUGACUACCAGGACGACUUGGUGGAGUAUUUGAAGCGCGUCGGGGCGCUCCCGCAGGACGGGCGCAAGUUCGUCGAGGCGUGGCGGCGCCAUGGGCGCGGGGAGGCGCGGUUGUUGGGUCGUGGGUGGGAGCGCGUGGUUGCGCUGGGGCAGGAGAGGACAUGGCUGGAGGGCGUGGAGACCGAGGACGAAUGGGCGAAGUUGCUGUACCGGCUUGCGGACUGGCAGCGCGCAUAUGAGGAGGAACAUGGGAUCCCCGUAGAGCAGUUCUCGUACGAGUAGGCAGUGGUGCAUGCGUCGCACGAUCUGGAAAGCUGUAAUGGCAUGUAACAGCUGUCUUACGCAGCGGGCUUGUGCCUCGGUGGGCAUGACCCAGUCAGGAUGGGC